AUGCCGCCUCGAAGCGCGCGACGACCGCCCUCGGCGACGACGAUCGACGCGCUGUUCAGGUCGACGAAACCGGGCGCGGCGAGACCGGGCAAGACGAAAGGCGCGAACGUCGCGAUCGAGGACGACGACGCCGAGACGAUCGACGACGACGACGCGGUCGAGCGCGACGCGCGCGAGCUGAAGACGUUUGACUUGACGUCCAAGUUUGGGCCGUGCUGCGGAUUGACGCGAAUCGAGCGAUGGGAUCGCGCGCGCGCGCUCGGUUUAGACCCGCCGAAGCGCGUGUUAGAGAUUCUGCAUCGUCGCGGCGAGGCGAGCGCGCGAUGGAGAGAGUGCGUGUGGCACGGACGGGUGUGA